UCAUCGAUCGAGUCUCAAUACAGUCAAAACUGUCACAAAAGUCAUUUAACACGAAAACAUUGCCCGUCACAACGGGAGGUGUGCCUGAUAAGCUUGUUUUGCUUUGAUUUGCAUAAAAAUAACUAAAACAUGUCGGCUACGUUAAAGCCCUAUUUAGAUGCAGUUCGGCAUACUUUAACAGCGGCAAUGUGUCUGGACAAUUUCAGUUCCCAGGUGGUGGAGCGACACAACAAACCCGAAGUGGAGGUUAGAAGCUGCAAAGAACUAUUACUCACCCCAGUUGUAAUCUCCCGAAAUGAGAAAGAACGGGUCAGAAUAGAGGCUUCGGUUAACUCAGUUCGCAUUAGCAUAGCAGUGAAACAGGCAGAUGAAAUCGAGAAGAUCCUGUGUAAAAAGUUCAUGAGGUUUAUGAUGAUGCGCGCCGAGAAUUUUAUAGUGCUUCGUCGCAAGCCCUUGGAAAACUACGACAUUAGUUUCCUGAUCACCAACUUCCACACCGAGCAAAUGUACAAACACAAACUGGUGGACUUUGUGAUACAUUUCAUGGAAGAAAUCGACAAAGAGAUUUCGGAGAUGAAGCUGGCAGUGAAUGCCAGAGCUAGAAUUGUUGCAGAAGAAUUUCUGAAAAGGUUCUAGAUAGAUUUUAAAACACUGCAAAUUACUUCUAAUAUAACACGCUUCUUCUGUCAAUAUGCGAGCUGUGUGGCAUGAAUGUUCUCUUUAAAUGUUUUCCUGAGAGUUGAAAAGUUGUAAAUAAUGUUAAGGUAAUUAUAUAGUCUUCAGUACAUAUUUUAAAUUACAUUUACAUAAGGCAGUGAAUGUUUGUAAAAACUAUUUUUAGGUGUUACUCUAUUUCACAACUUGCCAAAGUAGAUGUUGGGUUCAACUGUUAAAACUCUUAUCAUUACUAAUUGUCCCAGCACAAUCACUUUUAAGUUCGAAAAUCCUGGCCAAAAUAUGCUUGUUUCCUUGUGCAACAAGCAUGGCUGACAAAUUGAGCAGUUUUAAAAAAUAUUAUUUAUUUUAACAGAAUACAUAACAAUAUUAUAAAGAUGACUAACAAAAGUACAUGUAUGAAAUAUUUAUAGGCAGAAGAUAAAAUGAAUAUGUAAAAAAUGUAAAUCCUCAUUAAGAGAAAUUAUUAAAUACUGCCAACAAUGGAAUGCAAAAUUAAAGUAAUAAAUAUCACAACAUCAAUUAUUUAAAAUGUGAAUAAACCAAUUAACACUCAAA